GUGCGUCGCGGGCGACGCGCCGGCGAUGCCGACGAUGGGGCAGCUGAACGGCCUGGUGCUGACCCAGGGCGAGGAGCUGCUCUGGAGCGGGGCCGACAGGAAGGCGUUCCUCUACGUGGUCAGGGCGCCUCCCGCACGGUGGCCCCGCAUGGUCAUCGGCCCCCCUGUCCCCGCGUCCAUGGUUGGAGAUGCUGAGCCGUCGCCGACUCGGAUUGCCCUGAGGGUCAUCGGCAUGGGCUGGGUCAGCGCCGUGGGCGUGACGACCCACCUGCAUCGCAACGUGCUGCGGCGGUCGCAGAAGGCGCCCUGCCCUGCAGCAAAAUCGAUCGUCUACAUCGACAGUCUCGAGAUCGCAGAGGGUCUGCCGAAGGAGCAGGCGGCGGCGCUGGGGGCGACUGUGCCAGCUCUCCUCAGCCAAGGCAGCGAGUGCUACGCCGUGGCGGGUUCGCCCAGCUCCCCUGGCAAGGACGUCCACCGCGCGGCAGAGGUCACGACGCUCGGGGAGCUCAUCGGCGGCGUCACGGGCACGCGCCGGCCUCCGCUCAGCUACACUACCGAGCUGACCGGCCACGCCCUGUGGGUCCUCGGCAAGCGGCGGGUCAGCCGCCGUCCCAUGCAGGUGCCCUUCGGACGCUGGGCGCGGGUGCAGUGCUUUUGGCGACCCCUGGCCGCCGCGUCCGUCAACGCCAGACGGUGGCUGGCUACGCUGCAUGCUGGCGGCCAGAUUUCCAUCGGGGUGGUCGAGGCCCUGCUGAUCGCGAUGGCCCUCGCGGCGCUGUCUGUUCCCGACGUGCGGCUCGAGGUCGGUCCGCUGGUCGCCGCGUCCGACGCGUCGGAGGCUGCUGGGGCCGCGGUGUACUCCGCUGGCCUGGCGCCGCGAGGCAAGCUCCUAGCCACGCGAGGCGUCCACCCUCUCAAUUCGGCGUGCGAGGAGGUCGUCGGGUUGAUCUCGGCCUUCUCGGGCAUCGACGGAGCCCGACGGGCCUUCGAGAUCCUUAGGCUGGUGCCCGCCUGCCGCCUGUCCUUGGAGACUGACGCCGACGCGGUGCGGGUCGUCAGGCGCGUCUACCCUGCAACCGCGCACUUGGUCGACGUGUACCUCGCCGGCCCGGCGGUCCUCGCCCAGCUGCUUCGCGAGCAUGGGGGGAUCGUGAACGUGCUGGUUGUCGGCGGCUUCCCCUGCCAGGGACAUGCCGUCCUGGGCGUCUACCGCAAGGGGGCUGCCGACCCGAA